CUGACGUCAGCGCGCCGCCGGGUGACGUGUGCACGGCGGCGGGGCGGGGGGAGGAGGCCUCGGCGGCGGCGGGGCCGGAAAUGGUCCAGUUGUUGCUGUGCAGCUGGAUGUUGCUGAAUGGUGUUUCUAUGAGCUUGCUGUUCCAUCUGUCUGUUGUUCAGAAUGGCGAAGAACCCUAAUUUCCCAGAAGCAGGGAAUCUGCCUACAGGCUACCCUCACUGUAGGUCAGACAACUUCCCUGGCUACCAGUAUCACCAUCCCUCCAAGAUGAGUAACAGCCACCCACUUCGUCCGUACACGGCUGUGGGGGAGAUCGACCACGUUCACAUCCUGUCAGAGCACAUUGGUGCUCUAAUGAACGGGGAGGAAUACAGUGACGUUACCUUUAUUGUGGAAAAGAAGCGUUUUCCAGCGCACAGAGUCAUCCUGGCUGCUAGAUGCCAUUAUUUCAGAGCAUUAUUGUAUGGAGGAAUGAGAGAAUCUCAGCCUGAAGCAGAAAUUCCUCUUCAGGACACCACUGCAGAAGCAUUUACCAUGCUGUUGAAAUAUAUUUACACUGGUCGUGCUACGCUACGAGAUGAGAAAGAAGAGGUUCUUCUUGACUUCCUAAGCCUAGCACAUAAAUAUGGAUUCCCAGAACUGGAGGAUUCCACAUCUGAGUAUCUUUGCACAAUACUUAAUAUUCAGAAUGUCUGUAUGACUUUUGAUGUUGCCAGUCUUUAUUCUCUUCCCAAAUUAACUUUUAUGUGCUGUAUGUUCAUGGAUAGAAAUGCCCAAGAGGUGCUCUCCAGUGAAGGCUUCCUGUCGCUUUCUAAGGCUGCUCUUCUAAGUAUUGUACUGAGAGACUCAUUUGCAGCUCCUGAAAAGGACAUUUUCCAAGCUUUGAUGAACUGGUGUAAGCAUAAUCCUAAGGAAAACCACGCUGAAAUCAUGCAAGCAGUACGUUUGCCACUAAUGAGUCUAACAGAACUGCUGAAUGUUGUAAGACCUUCUGGAUUGUUGUCACCUGAUGCCAUCCUAGAUGCCAUUAAGAUUCGUUCUGAGAGUCGGGACAUGGACCUCAACUACAGGGGCAUGUUAAUACCAGGGGAGAAUAUAGCAACAAUGAAGUAUGGGGCACAAGUUGUAAAAGGGGAGCUGAAGUCUGCUCUGUUGGAUGGAGAUACUCAGAACUACGACCUGGAUCAUGGAUUCUCUCGCCACCCGAUCAACGACGACUGCCGGUCCGGGAUUGAGAUUAAACUGGGCCAGCCCUCAAUAAUCAACCACAUACGAAUUCUCCUGUGGGACAGAGACAGUCGGUCCUAUUCCUACUACAUUGAGGUGUCCAUGGAUGAGCUGGACUGGAUUCGGGUUAUAGAUCACUCGAAAUACCUCUGUCGGUCCUGGCAGAACCUGUAUUUCCCUGCCCGUGUCUGCAGGUAUAUUCGAAUUGUUGGGACCCACAACACAGUGAACAAAGUUUUCCAUAUUGUGGCAUUUGAAUGCAUGUUCACGAACAAAUCCUUUACUCUUGAGAAAGGUCUGAUAGUUCCCACUGAAAAUGUUGCAACAAUUGCAGACUGUGCCAGUGUGAUUGAGGGUGUAAGUCGCAGUCGCAAUGCCUUAUUGAAUGGAGACACAAAAAACUAUGACUGGGAUUCUGGAUACACGUGCCACCAGCUUGGGAGUGGAGCUAUUGUAGUGCAGCUGGCACAGCCCUACAUGAUUGGAUCAAUACGGUUGCUGCUUUGGGACUGUGAUGAUAGGAGCUACAGCUACUACAUUGAGGUUUCGACAAAUCAGCAACAGUGGACCAUGGUGGUGGAUCGCACAAAAAUUUCCUGCAAAUCCUGGCAAACAAUCACUUUUGAUAAACAGCCUGCAUCUUUUAUCAGAAUAGUUGGAACUCGCAACACAGCUAAUGAGGCUCUUCAAGAACAAGUAGAAGUGUUUCACUGUGUGCAUUUUGAGUGCCCAGCACAAAACAGUACCCACAAGGACGAGAGUAGUAAGGAAGUAGCAACAACAGAGGUGGGGACUGGUGGACAGUAGUUUGUUUCUUGCCCUGUUGGAGCUGCAAGCACCUGGUUCCCUGCAUCCCCUUCCUGGAUCCACCUUGCAUCCUCAUGUUCAUCAGCCAUAAAGGAGGUUGAAGGGGAGCUUUUGCAACCCCACUGACAUUCUAUGAAGUUAUUCAGAACCUUCUUGUGCUGGCACCUUCUCUUUCUUUGUGAAUGAAGGGGACCAUGUCUGAAAGCUGGAAGUAUUGAAAUGGAAAAGGCUUUCUCCCAAGGACAUGAAGAAACUGUUUCACUCUCCUCGAUAUGUUCAAAUCAGGCUGGUCUCCAAGGGGGGAGAAAAUAGGUCUUCAAUCUUCAUCAAGUACCCCAUUAACACCCUACCUCUUUAAUCUAACCUAGGCAAGGAAAACAGAAGGAAAUAAAAGGCAGAGCUACAGUGGAAAUCUAAAAUUACUCAAGCAGAAUGGAAAGCAUAUAAAAUAAGCAUUUGUUCCCAGGAGGCUUUUAUUAGCAAAAAAAAUGUUUAUGGAACACAUCAGUCCAGAAAAUAUUUUAUUUUUAAAGUGAUUCUUCAUCCAUAUUCCAUUGUAACUAGUAAUUUGUUUUCUAAAUCAUUUUGAUUCUGUAUUCCAUUUAGUUUCUUAUUUUUGGCUAUAGCAAAUGCUGUACAGUAGAUUAAGGAAGUAUCAGACAUGCUUACCUGCUGAGAUGCAAAUUCUCUCAUUCAUCAGUGGGAUGACAAGAAAAGCAUUCAUUAUAUCAACAAACUAAUUAAUGUAUCUAUAUUAAUCUUGACCUUAGUUGACUUUUCAAAGUACAAAAUUGUCAUUUCCUACAUUCAAAAGGAAGUUUCUAAAUCAGACAUCUGUCUUGAAAAAAAUUGUAUUUUUUCACUCCUGAAGAUGAUUAUUUAAAUUUUGCCUGCCUAGGACAACUUGCAACAGAACAUAAAAAUGUUUGGUUUAGAAAAGUGGAACUCCAUCUGGUCACUGACAAGCAGUUGUUCAAAUACCAAAAGAAGAAUUUGCAGAUAAUGUAUAUUUUUCCAAGAAGAGUUGUUUUACAGUCUGGAGCUAAAAAUUCAAAGGCUGUGUAUGCAUUAACAUUUCUCAUGAUCUUCAUAAAAUGUGAUGCUUUUGCACCGUAUUGUAAAAGAUCUGGUUCUUACUUUACAGUCACAGAAUUCAUUAUCCAUCCAUAUCUGUCUGGAUUACAUUGCCUGCUACUUUGCUUGUUCUGUUUUCACACUGAUGAUGAAGUCUCUUAACUCUCCAGAUCUGCAUGACUUUUAGGAAGAACUCCAUGUCGGUCUUUCAGUAUGGGAUAAAGAGAUUUUGUAUUAAGACAAAUGCUGAUGUAAUUGGCAAAAUUGAUUAGGAUGCUUGUUCCUCCUCACAAAGUAUAUUAUAUUGGAAAUGUCAGCUAACCAGUUUUAUGAACCUGGAAUUUCCUGUGGUGAUAAAUAACCUUGUCAGCAGAAAACAAAGCUAGUGCAGGAUAAAUACGGUUUUCCUUUACAUAACCAUAGUGAUAAAAUGAGUUAUAUCAGCAUAGCAAAUUGUAUGUUAAUUUAUCACACUACUUAAUUUGAAAUAAUUUCCCUGUUGGAUACUAGUUGUGCUAAACCCAAGAAGAAAUAUAAUCAGUGGUAGCAAUGAAUCAGAGGAUAUUUCAAAUAUGAAAAGCAUCCCUUUUCUUUCAAAUAAAAUUGAUUAGGCUUUAUCAAUAAUAUUAUAGUAUUUUUCAUUGCCAAAUUACAAUUUAGUUCUGAUAUUUGCAUACAGUUCUCUCCCUUCCCACUGCUGUGUUCUGACUGACUGUUGGUGAAGAUGGAUACUCGCUGUGCUGUAUAGAGCUUGUAAUUCAUGUGCCACAGCUGCCUUAGACAGUGUGGAGUUCUAAGGCAGGAUACUGCUUGUGCCAGCCACCUCCCAGUCUGCAGGGCUGAUUACCUUAUGGCUUAACAGCAUUUGGAGCAUGAAAGAAUUGAGACCAGCUACUGAGGACAUCACUCUUAUAUUUAUAUAUAAAUCCAAAAACUUGGAAAUUUUUACCUUUAAAACCAAACUUUUUCAGUUGCAAUCCAUGCUGUAACUACUGAGAUGCCUGCAGCAUGUCUUGCUUUUGACUGUGUGGCAGUGGUGGUAUUUCUUUCCAGUUCCAUCAAACAAGUCUGCUUUUCUCAAACUGGAUAAACAAAGGGUAGAACUUCCUAGCUGUUAGUAUUUAGUGGCCACCUCUGUAGAGAAUGUUAAAAAAACUAAAAUCAAAAAAGGUUGUGCCAUCUGGUCUGAGCCUAGGCUCUCAUAGAAAGAAUGGAAUUUUUCCAUUUGUAAUCUUUUAUGUGCACAGUUAAUUUUUAUGAUACAAAUAAGUCUUGUAGGCUAUAAUGUAUGGAGCAUCUGUUUGAUCUUGUCCUGUAACUCAUUGUGGAACAGAAAUGUCUUUAUUUCCCAUGACAUUCACUCUCUGCCAAUAAUCUGGAUGAACAUAUCUGAGAUCCUGAAAGCAAAAACUCUGAGGUCCUACUGACCCUUCAGUUUCCCACCCCCAUAAAUCUAUAGAAAGCAAAAUCACUUUGCAUUGUCCCUUCAUGCAGGUGAACAGCAAUUUUUAGUAUUAGACUUCUAAGUCCUGCCACAAGCCCUUCACACUUUCAAGCUUUACCCUUUUUAUUUAAAGAUACAAUGUUUACAGAGAGCUGAACUCCUUUGGGUCUUCCAAUACUGCCCACCAACAAACACCCCUAAUACCUGUAUUGCCUAAAAGAGUCUCUUGUCUUAAACUUGUGUCACAAUGUGUCGGUAGUGACAAAGGAAGAUAUAACACAGAACUGAUUUGUGAUUUUGUGUGAAUGUUCUCAUUCUUUCUAAUUAUUGUCUGUAUUUAUUGACUCCUGAGUUCAGAUGGACUUCUUGUAUAUUCCUCUGAAGUUGUGUUUUUUUCCUUUUCUUUUUACCUUUGCUUUUCCUUUCAGUGAAAGUAAGUUGUGCUGUUGCAGCAUAGUAUCAGGGUUUAUCAAAGUGAUGAAAUGCUGUAAUUAUUCAGAACUGUGUAAUCAGUCUUACUCUAUUUAGAACAAGGUUAGAGCAGAACUGACCAGGUACUCAUUGCUUUCUUAUCAGAAACUAUAAAAUAGACCUGUUGUUAGUGUUCUGUAUAAUGGAAAUAACUAUACUGACAAUAUUGAGCCAUUGAUUCUAUUUAGUACUUCAGUAUCUUUAAAUUCUCCAGGACUCCUUUUCUCGAUUUUACUUCCAUAGGUUGAAUUCAGGCUUAGACUUAAUUCCCGUGGAGCUCAGCAAAGGCCUUUCUAAAAUCUUUUUAUUUAGUUAACUUUUUUCCAAAUGAAAAUAAAAGUUUUUUUAUUCACAGAAUGUAAGGGAAAAUUAUUAUCUGAGGAAAUUAAUUUUUGAAGUGAGCAAACAUUGUGCAGCUUGUAAUUUUUCAAGAUACUUUUCAAGCCAUUUCCAAUCAGCUUUAAAACAAGUUCAAAUGGCUGUUAAAUGGAAUUACAAUGAGAGAAGUUAAUGCAAGUCUAAUGUAAAAGAUAAUACAGAGGAGAAAUCACUAAUUUUGUUAGACUGAGAACUCUUCUUCAUUGCAGUUUCCUUCCUUCAGAGCUCCAUUUCUUUCUUCUUUUCUCCAUGAAAAUCAUUGAGUCAUUGAUUAUGACAACUCAUAUCAGAGCUCAGUGCUUCUCAGAAUUGCUGAAAAAUUCAGUUUAAUGCAUCUUCAUCGUUACUAAUGACAACAUUAGAGAAUUUUCAGCUGAGUACCUGACUUGAUGAGAAUUGGUUUCUAUGAAAGAAAGCAAAAGAAGUCUGUAACUGUUUCAGUCUAAUUAAAUUUUCAGUACAAAAAUUAGAUGACAAAGUUAAUGCCAUUCUUGUCUGAGUGUUGUGUCUGGUUAUAAAGUGACGCCCACUUAGAGACACUUAAUAAGACAUUAGCUAGAACUUUGAUUUAAUAAGAUACAGAUUGCAUUUCUCUAUGAAGAGAAUUGGCUUAUAUUUUGACAGUUUACUGUCAAAUAAACAAGUCAGUGCAUUGGUAAUUCUGUUGUUGUGGCUAGAGUAGUAAGAAAAUAUAGAGUCAGUAAGAGUUAAUGUAUCCAAGAAUAAACAUUUAGGCUUGUGUGUCAUCAUAUCAGUUGCCAGAGGACUAAACCAUGCUUCAGAAAUAGUUGUAGAUCCCAGAGGAUACUUGAGGCCUGGUUUCCAUCCCCAUCUCUCAGUUAAUGGUUCUAUUUAGGUUACAAUUGUUAGUUCUCUCUGAACUGAUUGUUAUUGUUGUCAGUUGUACUAGUUUACUUAUAUAUAUAUAUAUAUAUAUAUAUGUGUGUGUGUGUGUGUGUAUGUGUGGAAGUUCCAUAAAGCUUUGUUCAGGAUACAGAAGGAAAGUUUCUGGGCCAAGUUUUAGGACUGCUUAAAUACUUUUAUAUAUAUAUAUAUAUAUAUGUAUGUAUGUAUAUGUGUGUGUAGUAUAUGUGUAUUAAAUUGAGGUCAUAGCAAAUUAUUUAGCUUGCAUUUAGAAUAUGUCCUAAAGCUCCAAAAUGAAGAACAAAAUCUGUGCAGGCAGGUGUGAAAUGCUGCUGUUGCGGUAUGGCAGGAUGCUGGUUGCUUUAAAAGUGCAAAUGUCUAAAAAAGGUACAGGCAAACCAGUCCAAAGUUUUUGUCCAGUUGUUAAAUAUUGGUGAUCUGGCUGCAGUGAGGUGUAUACAAUAUAAAGUAAGUUAAAUGCUCAUCUCAAAGAUGGUCUGAAGAACACAUACUUCUCCUAACUACCUUGUCCGCCAUGGCUUGCAGUGUUUACACAGUGAACCUUCACAGCACUUCUGUUACCUGCUGAAAAAAGCCCUGCAGUCUUUUUGGCCCUUGCCAAACUUUUGUUGCAAAGCUUUGGCUGAGGUAAUGACAAAGUCCCACUCGUUUUCCACAGUGGAAUCUGAGUCUGUGUUUGAAUGCUUACAUGGAAAGUUUUAAAAUCACUCUGCAACUUUCUUUAGAUAAAGAAAGCCCGAAUUUAAAAGUGCAACAUAGCAUGAGGAAACUACAGGUAUCUGUCAUAUGCCCACGUACUGACAGCCUGUGCAACCACACACCCAUCCUAUCAUACUGUAUGUGUUUAAUUACUAUGGUAUGUCCAGAUGGUGCAAGUGAAGAAUGAGCUCUGUACACCCAUGACAUUAUCCAUUUUCACACAGACAGUCAUUAGAGAAGUACUAUUCAUGAUGAUCCUUGCAGCCUAAUACAAUAAUACAACUCAGUGUUCUGAAAAAAUUAUAAUUGAUUUUUUACAUGCACAUAAUGGAAUUGAAGUUCAGAUUACUAAAUAUAUGCAUGAGUGGUGGCAUCACCCUGCACAGGUAUGAACAUGCCCCUCUAGUGCCUCUUACUACUUAGCCCCUGGACUAUCACAAAGGAGGAAAACUGCACUAUUGAUAAAAUGAACAUUUAUCCAUCCUUUCUGUACUUAUCUUGGCACAUCUAUUCUCUCUGCAGCUGCUCAGUUAAACAAGUUUCUCAUCAUUUUCAGAAUUAUCCUCUGACUCCUGAAAACUGGCAGAUACAUAACAACUUCAGUCAAUUAUUUUAAGUGGUCUGAGGAAUUUUCAAAAUUAAUCUAAUAAGGUCUUUUAAAUUCUGUGUGUCCAGAAAGUGCUGGCCAAGUCCUGAAAUGCCAGGUGAGUUGGACAGUGUUACUACACAGAUGAGGGUAUCUAAACUAUGUGUCCUGUAGUCCAAGUGAACAGUAGUUAUCACAAAGCAUCUUUCUGUAGAGGAAUCAGGGAAUCACAGAAUGAUUGGGUUGGAAGGGACCUCAAAUAUCAUCACGUUCCCGUCUCCCUUCCAUGACAGGGGCACAUUUCACUAGACCAGAUUGCUCAGAAACCCAUCCAAGCUGGUCUUGAACACUUCUAUGGAUGGGCAUCCAGAUCUCUGGGUAACCUGUUCCAGUGCCUCACCACCCUCAUAGUAAAGAAUAUCUUCCUAAUACCUAAUCUAAAUCUACUCUCUGUCAGUUUGAAGCCAUUCCUUCUUGUCCUACCACUACAUGUCCUUGUAAAACAUCCUUCCAUCUCUCCUGUAGGCUCCCUUUAUGUACUGGACAGCUGCAGUCAGGUCAUCCCAAAGCCUUCUCUUUUCCAGGCUGAGCAAUCCCAGUUCAGCCUUUCCUUCAUUCAUGUAAUUUAUGGUCUACAUCACCUGUCUGUGUUGUCUCUCUAUUCCUGACCUUAGUUGCUAGGUGAUGAGUUUUGUGGUUGAUACCUAGAAUCCAAUAAGUGUGUUUAACCACAGAUGUCAAGAAUUUUUUGUCUUUACUCAAAACUUUUAGCUUGUGCUUUGAAAUGUAGUCAGGCCACAGAAUUGGCUUUUGGACAUCUUCUAUAGCUGUCUGUUGGAUUUGUGAGUUAUCUUCAAUUGCUAAAAGAUGGUAAGAUUCCUCUCAGUAAUUUCUCAUAGAGAUUUGUCAUGCUGAGAAAUGGCUUUUGAAACAGUCAUGGCAGGUUCAUUGCUGGAGAACAGGGGCAGGUUUCUUCUGCUUCUGUGAACCAGGAUCCUAUUUGGGUUAUUCUCUAAGUUUGGUUUUGCCAUUUUUAAUAACAAGGGUGUCGGUGUUGUGUGAUCUGGAUCUGUGUCAGAAAUUGUGUCACUUAUUCAUUUUGAGAGGUAAAUACUUAAAAGAAUGUAUUUAUGCAGUAAUACAAAGCUCAUGAGGCCUGGAUGGUUAGAUUAGAAAUAUCACUUAAAGCAAGAGCUGGAGUUGCAAAGAGAGCAGUUUGGGGGAAAGAAAGACUGGUGUGCAUAUAUAGAGAUGGAAAUGUAUGUGUUAAGCAAGCUGAGUGACUAUUUGCAAAGAUGUGUUUCUACAGCAAAGAUGUGUUUCUAUAGCAAAGAUGUGUUUCUCUAUGGCCUUUUUUUGUUAAAAACAGAAUUUUGUUAAGGAAUCUAUCACUCAUCUGAAUGUGAGUGCUAAAAGAGAACAUAGGAAGUAAGGCUGUAGUAAUUUUUAUGGCAAGAGCAACACAAAUAUACAAUUCUUGUGGUCUGAGCUAGUUCUGUUUGUCCCCAAUCUUUCCGGCUCUUACUUUUUCCUAAUGCUUUCCCCAACCUGCUUGCUGCUCCUUUUCUUUUCCUCCCUACAGAGCAUCAUAUCACUGUUGCUGGAGUGUUCCCUGUAAUUUUCCUCCAUAUUGUGAUCUAUUAAGGAAUUUUAAAAACUUAUUGAUUUUUACCUCUUUAUCCUACGCUGAAUAAAAUAUCAUCAUCCCCUUUCAUUCACAUCAGACUCUAAGCUACCACUAGACUUGUGCAAUGAGCAACAUUUAAAUUUGGCUCUCUAUGGAUGUGUGAAUUACUAGUCCUUUUGGGCCUUGUACUUCUGUGAUCUGUUUACAGUCUGUUACCCUGAGGACAAAAACAAGUAAGAAGUUUACUGUUGACUUAGGAAGUAGGCCAGGUUUUAUGCUGGCUUACAUAACUUAAGUUUAAAUCUAAAUUUUAAUAUUCCUUUCUCACCAUGGUACAUCAGAUAUACACUCAAUUUGCUAGUUGUGCAUUGUCCAAGGCAUUAAUUGUACAUAACUGUUCUUUCCUAAAUAAACUGCAUCAUCAAGAGUGAACCUUGAAAGAAUUCAUAACUUUUCAGUCCCUGUGUGAAAGUAUUUCAGCUGUCCAGGGAUCUGAACAUCACACUGAGUACAUGGAUUCAUUUUGUGAAGUACAGCAUUACUUCACAAUUUGGACCCCAUGUCUAUUAACCUUGUCCAGUCUCUCAUAAAAUGUUCCUUCCUUUUUGCUUUGCUCAAUUUCACUAUUGUCUUUGGUUUUCUUUCUUAAGUGAAUGUUAAUGUUGAGAUCCAGGCUAAAUAGAAGUUUAGCUUUUAGUGAACUUUUUCACUCAUUCUCUGUCAGUGGCUCCUCUUCCUUGACAGACAGUGAUUUAAAUCCAUUUUGCACUAUGUUACCCUCCCUUUCUCUGUAGCAAUUAUAAUUGUAUCUUGAAAUUUUUGAGCAUUAAAUUCCUUUCCUUCUUUCUCAUAGAGUGGUUCUAAACUACCUCAGACUUUGUUGUGAACAGGUACGAGUUUCAGCUACAGUUUUUAGCCUUUAUCAUAGUCCUUGAAUGUUCUUUAAGUGCAUGUGUAUGUAGCAAAACCAGCCUGCCAGACCCUGAUUGCAUUUUCAGGAAUACUGUCCCAGGUGAGACAUGUAAUUGGGAUGACCUCACAGCCACACCUGUUCAGGCUCUUGCUGAUACCUCUUUCAAGAAAAGCUUUUCAGGAGCACAACUUCUGGAAUGGGAAGUGCUUCAACUUUCUCUUUGAAGGGACAUGAUGCUGCCUGCACUGGAUGACUUCCACCUCUCCAUUAUUGUGACAAGCAUCAUAAAACUGCAUCAUCAGGCCUCCAUCCCUGGCUGCAGGAUCCAUGCUAUUGCAUUGGACUGUGCUCAUCAUAUGAGAAUAAACCCCACAUGAUGUGUUCUGAUAACCUUGGUGUCAUUUUAUUGUCAUUUUAUACUGUGGCAGACAUGCAUUACCAACCCUUUGAGCUAAUUAGAUUUCAGGUUAAAUGGUGGUUGCAGAUUGUGCUGCAGUGACCCAGCUUAUAACUUUGGGAAUUGUCUGGUUUUGUAAGUUAUCCAUUGAACAACCCAGCAAACCUCAUUAGUACUGAUUUCCUUUUCACCAGCAGACAUGCACAUCAUCAAACAAGCAUUUUGUAACAUGGAAUUUUCUAUGAGCAUCUGGAAAAAGAAGCAUCCCAAUUAUUUUCUUAGUAGCAAUGUGUGUAUUUGUAAUGAAAGUUUUAGAAUUAUUAAACUGCUGUAAGCUGUUUUGUGCAUGCUCUGGCAUUGUAUUAACAGUUUGUAUUAACAGCUGAUAAGCAGAGGGCUGUGGCAAACAAGGAAGGCUGGCUGUGGAUUUUACAGUUUCAAAGAGCAGCAGAGUGCCAGAGUGGAUGUAGGACCAGACAAUGCUCAAAGCAAAUCAUAAAGUGAAACUGUUGUGCUUUGUAUUUAUUUCUUUGGGGAUUCUUCUUCAAAGUAUUUAACUUCACAGGAAAAUAGAGAGUAUAUUUAAAAUAGUAACAAUUAGAAAUACACCUUUUCAAGAAUGAGAGAGGUGUGAUUUGAAAAAUAAAGUGAUCUUUUGUGCUUAACUGCU